UUUUCUUGAUCUUUCUGGCUAGAGUCACAUACCACAGUUUCUUUGCCUGGGCUAAUUGCCCGAACAUUUAUAUAACAUUCCUUUUCUUGAUUAUAUUCCUACAGCUUCAUUCCAGUAGUGUUAAUAGGUAUUUCUGAGAACAUGCAGCAGUAAAUAUCCCGUGAAUGUAGCUCAGAGGAGAGAAGGUGGGUUAGAAAGUGGGGAAAGUCAUUUAGAGGGAGCAAAGAAAGAGAGGCAAGAGAGAAGGUAGGCCGUUUAUGGGCAGACAGUGGACCCUGGCCAGGAACCAGGCUCUUGUCCCAUCCCCCUGGACGGAUAGAACUGCCAGGGAGGUUAAGGGAAGGUCAGGUAUUAUGAGGCAGUUAUUUUGAGGUUGGUGGUAUGAAGCACUGCCCUGGCAUUCUUCCUGUUAUUCUAGUACCAGAAACCAGAUUGCUAGUGGUAAUCUGCCUUGAAGAAUGCCUCUGACCUGUAAAUGGACCUGGAGAUUUUAAUGGCUUUGAAAAUUGAGGUGAUUUGAAGCCUUCAGUAAAACCACUUAGAGAAAUUAAAAGAAUUUCAGGGCCCGUUGGCUGGAUUCCUUGGUUUAUGUGGCUUCGUUGGAAGUCUGGUGGGUGCUCUUGACAGGAAUUAUUUGGAUUUAUUAAUGAUAGGCUUUCAAAUCAUAGUAAAACUAUGUGUCAGCCACUAUGGUAGGCAUUUUACAGAAGUUUUCUUUCUUAAUCCUCAUGAUUCUAUGAGGAAGUAUGGUAGAAUAUUAGUCCUGUUUCACAGAUAAGAAAAUAGAGGCUUAGCAGUGUUAAGAGUGAUUUGUCCAAGUAAAUUUUUAUGAAGUCCUAGGCGGUAUUUUUCAAUAAGCUUUGAAUAAUCACACUUAGCAAGCAGAUAACUUACUGGCAUGUGCAUCAUUCCUGAUACCACCUCUCUCUUCCUUUCAUUCAGAAUUACUAAUUUCAGCUGGAUUCAAUUUGUUGUCAGUUGAUUCUGUAGUAAGGCCAUAUGUUGCCCCUCUGGAGGUGCUUGUCAACUACUCUGGAUGAUGGAUGGAAAGAACUCCAGUGGAUCCAAGCGUUAUAAUCGCAAACGUGAACUUUCCUACCCCAAAAAUGAAAGUUUUAACAACCAGUCCCGUCGCUCCAGUUCACAGAAAAGCAAGACUUUUAACAAGAUGCCUCCUCAAAGGGGCGGCGGCAGCAGCAAACUCUUUAGCUCUUCUUUUAAUGGUGGAAGACGAGAUGAGGUAGCAGAGGCUCAACGGGCAGAGUUUAGCCCUGCCCAGUUCUCUGGUCCUAAGAAGAUCAACCUGAACCACUUGUUGAAUUUCACUUUUGAACCCCGUGGCCAGACGGGUCACUUUGAAGGCAGUGGACAUGGUAGCUGGGGAAAGAGGAACAAGUGGGGACAUAAGCCUUUUAACAAGGAGCUCUUUUUACAGGCCAACUGCCAAUUUGUGGUGUCUGAAGACCAAGACUACACAGCUCAUUUUGCUGAUCCUGAUACAUUAGUUAACUGGGACUUUGUGGAACAAGUGCGCAUUUGUAGCCAUGAAGUGCCAUCUUGCCCCAUAUGCCUCUAUCCACCUACUGCAGCCAAGAUAACCCGUUGUGGACACAUCUUCUGCUGGGCAUGCAUCCUGCACUAUCUUUCACUGAGUGAGAAGACGUGGAGUAAAUGUCCCAUCUGUUACAGUUCUGUGCAUAAGAAGGAUCUCAAGAGUGUUGUUGCCACAGAGUCACAUCAGUAUGUUGUUGGUGAUACCAUUACGAUGCAGCUGAUGAAGAGGGAGAAAGGGGUGUUGGUGGCUUUGCCCAAAUCCAAAUGGAUGAAUGUAGACCAUCCCAUUCAUCUAGGAGAUGAACAGCACAGCCAGUACUCCAAGUUGCUGCUGGCCUCUAAGGAGCAGGUGCUGCACCGGGUAGUUCUGGAGGAGAAAGUAGCACUAGAGCAGCAGCUGGCAGAGGAGAAGCACACUCCCGAGUCCUGCUUUAUUGAGGCAGCUAUCCAGGAGCUCAAGACUCGGGAAGAGGCUCUGUCGGGAUUGGCUGGAAGCAGAGGGGAGGUCACUGGUGUUGUGGCUGCUCUGGAACAACUGGUGCUGAUGGCUCCCUUGGCGAAGGAGUCUGUUUUUCAACCCAGGAAGGGUGUGCUGGAGUAUCUGUCUGCCUUCGAUGAAGAAACCACGGAAGUUUGUUCUCUGGACACUCCUUCUAGACCUCUUGCUCUCCCUCUGGUAGAAGAGGAGGAAGCAGUGUCUGAACCAGAGCCUGAGGGGUUGCCAGAGGCCUGUGAUGACUUGGAGUUAGCAGAUGACAAUCUUAAAGAGGGGACCAUUUGCACUGAGUCCAGCCAGCAGGAACCCAUCACCAAGUCAGGCUUCACACGCCUCAGCAGCUCUCCUUGUUACUACUUUUACCAAGCGGAAGAUGGACAGCACAUGUUCCUGCACCCCGUGAAUGUGCGCUGCCUCGUGCGGGAGUACGGCAGCCUGGAGAGGAGCCCCGAGAAGAUCUCAGCAACUGUGGUGGAGAUUGCUGGCUACACCAUGUCUGAGGAUGUUCGACAGCGUCACAGAUAUCUCUCUCACUUGCCACUCACCUGUGAGUUCAGCAUCUGUGAACUGGCUUUGCAACCUCCUGUGGUCUCUAAGGAAACCCUAGAGAUGUUCUCAGAUGACAUUGAGAAGAGGAAACGUCAGCGCCAAAAGAAGGCUCGGGAGGAACGCCGCCGAGAGCGCAGGAUUGAGAUAGAGGAGAACAAGAAACAGGGCAAGUACCCAGAAGUCCACAUUCCCCUCGAGAAUCUACAGCAGUUUCCUGCCUUCAAUUCUUAUACCUGCUCCUCUGAUUCUGCUUUGGGUCCCACCAGCACCGAGGGCCAUGGGGCCCUCUCCCUUUCUCCUCUCAGCAGAAGUCCAGGUUCCCAUGCAGACCUUCUGCUGACCCCUCUGUCACCCACUGCCAGUCAGGGCAGUCCCUCAUUCUGCGUUGGGAGUCUGGAAGAAGACUCUCCCUUCCCUUCCUUUGCCCAGAUGCUGAGGGUUGGAAAAGCAAAAGCAGAUGUGUGGCCCAAAACUGCUCCAAAGAAAGAUGAGAACAGCUUAGUUCCUCCUGCCCCUGUGGACAGCGAUGGGGAGAGUGAUAGUUCAGACCGUGUUCCUGUGCCCAGUUUUCAAAAUUCCUUCAGCCAAGCUAUUGAAGCAGCCUUCAUGAAACUGGACACACCAGCUACUUCAGAUCCCCUCUCUGAAGAGAAAGGAGGGAAGAAAAGAAAAAAACAGAAACAGAAGCUCCUGUUCAGCACCUCAGUCGUCCACACCAAGUGACACUACUGGCCCAGGCUACCUUCUCCAUCUGGUUUUUUUGUUUUUUUUUCCCCCAUGCUUUUGUUUGGCUGCUGUAAUUUUUAAGUAUUUGAGUUUGAACAGAUUAGCUCUGGGGGGAGGGGGUUUCCACAAUGUGAGGGGGAACCAAGAAAAUUUUAAAUACAGUGUAUUUUCCAGCUUCCUGUCUUUACACCAAAAUAAAGUAUUCACACUCACAAGAGA